UGAAGAUGAAGUACGUUUGGCCGCUUUAGCUUAUUACAGCAAUUUGUCUGAAGAGCUAAAGGAGAUGGCAAAAACAACUUUCGACAAAAUGGAUUCAGAUCGCAAUGGGAGAAUAAGCCUGGAGGAAUACCGGAAGCACCUUGCUAAUCCCGGUGAGUCUACACAAAUGAAAUCGAGUUCGUUCAACGUGGUAGACAAAAACGGGGACGGCAAGCUGGAUUAUUGGGAAUUCAUCACCCUUUACUAUCUCGACAAGAGUGGGAGGCUUAACUGUUGGUGCAAUGGCCAUGGAUGUAAGAAUGGCACUUUCCUCUCCGGACUGUAUUUUACUUGCGUCACUUGCUUCAGUAGCUCUACAGAACCUGAGUUGUUCUACCUCUGCUGGUCGUGUUAUCGCAACAGAAGAUAUACUCACAAGCACGACAACUUCUUGGACAACUACACCUUCCUCCAAAUGAAGAUUGCUCCUUGUAUACCUGCAGCAACACCAAAAAGUCAGGUUUCUGGUCAGACGUCGACCUCUAAUACUGAAUCUCAAUCAUCUAAUGAAACUCCGUCGUCGUCCAAUAAUCCUAAGAAGAAAGCUCGAUCUGGCACUCAGACCCUCGCGAAUUACAGUAAAGCUCUCAAUAUCAUAAAUGUUCUCGCAGAAAUUGCUAAAGCUGCUGUUAACGUUGGUGGGUGCAGCAUUAUGUGAAGGAGUUCCAUGGAAAUCUGGGAGGG